CUUAAUUACUUCCUUCCCUUGAAGUUGCUUUUGUCCUUACUUAUCCUUACUUUCACACUGCGUUUGCUAAAAUCCACUUUCCCUCCUUCCUUUCUGACCUUUUCCCACACUUUCUUCUUUUCAAACCCACUUUUUUCCUGGCAUCUUUUCCUAAUUUCUGACUGAAUUCUCCCAUAAUGCCUUCCAUCCAUCGCUUAAAAGCCUAAUUUCCUGCCUGAAACUUACCUCCUUACAUCCACCUCAGACCCGUUUUUUAAUAUUGCAUCCUAACCUCUAUCCUUACUUUUUUGGAACACUUUUUAUUCAUGAAUCCUUAAAUACCUUCCUUCAUUCGCUUAAAUCUACUUAAUAUUCUUCUUCUAGAUCUAUCUAUGUUGGAUGCAUAAUGCGAUAGCAUAACAGGUUGACCCACUAAAGCAAAAGAGGAAAUACCCGCUAUCAUGACAAUAAAGGUGAGGCAGCCUCAAAGUACCCUUAGAAUGACCAAGAGUGAACAGCGAACAACACAACAGUCAUAACAACUUCAGGCACGACAAUGAAUGUCUCCAACAUUUCCUAUGACUACGAGUAUGAAGACGAAGCAUGCGAAAAAGGCGAGGUGGUCCAAUUCGGCUCCAUUGUGGUUCCCGUUUUCUUCUCGCUCGUGAUCACGCUGAGCCUCAUCGGAAACCUCCUGGUCCUCGUCAUCCUGGCUUUGUACGAGAACCUCAAGUCCCUAACCAACAUUCUCAUUCUCAAUCUGGCUGUGUCGGACCUGGUUUUCACCAGCGGACUCCCCUUCUGGGCCAUCUACCACAUGUGGGGCUGGCUCUUCCACGCCGCCCUCUGCAAAAUCGUCACUUUUGUCUUCUUCAUCGGCUUUUACAGCAGCGUGCUCUUCCUGACCGUCAUGACCGUCUACAGGUAUCUGACCGUGGUCCGCCCGCUGUCCGACCUGAGACCAAAAUCCACAACCGUGGGGGUUCUGGUGUCCAUCCUGCUGUGGAUCAUCAGCAUCGGAGCGGCCGUGCCCUCACUGCUUUUCAGUAACAUUGUCUCCAUCCCACACAAGGACAAACCCUCCCUCGGCUGCGAAUACGAGGACGACCUGUGGGCAACGGUUGGUGUUUCCCAACAGAACCUCUUCUUUUUGGUCGCCUUGGCGGUCAUGGCGUUUUGCUACUGCAAAAUACUGGGCAGAAUCGCGAGAACCAGAUCACACACGAAGAGCCGUGCGGUGAAACUCAUCCUGUGCAUCGUGGUGGCCUUCUUCCUGGGCUGGGUGCCGUACAAUGUGGUGAUCGUUUUGAGACUUUUAGCGAACAAGUUGCUUCCACCUUUUGAAGACUGCGACGUAAGUAUCCAAAUCGAUUACGCGUUCUAUGUGUGCCGGCUCGUUGCCUUCUCCCAUUGCUGCCUCAACCCGUUUUUUUACGCGCUGGUAGGCGUGAAGUUCAGAGGUCACCUGAAGACAAUGUUAUGUAAGGUGUUCAGAGGACCAAUCCCUGUUGAGACACGCCAGGGGAGGAUGCAAAAUUUUAUCUCGCAGGGAUCAAUGUAUUAGUGUGGUUGUUAGAAUUAACGGUUUAGCGUCAUGGAAUAUGAUUGGUGAGGGUUCGCCACGGGCUCGGUCGGGCAAGUGUGACGUUUUAUUGUAGGAUUAAGGGUUAGUUUAAGCGUGUAGUCAGAGUUAGGUUUAGGCAAUUUG